ACUUUAGCACAUACAAAUAAAAAAACUCCCAACAUGUGGUAUCAAAUUUUUUUAUGCUCAAUAUUAUUCAGCACUAAAAUUAUCCUUUUUGUUUUUUCCCUCAUGUUUCUCUAUUCUUCUAGUUCUUCACUUGCCCAUAUUUUCCACAAUGCUUCAGCAGUGGCUAUUGUCCUAUAGGCAACAAAUCCAACCAUGAUUAGAGUUUGGUUGUUGGCUUUACUGAUUCUGUACAAUGGGUUCUCUUCAACUGGAGCUGGCAUGGAUAAUUCCAUAAGACCUGAUUUUGUGAAUAUUGGGGCUCUCUUCUCUUUCAAUACUAGUGUUGGUAGGAUUGUAAGAAUUGCUAUAGAAGCUGCUGUUGCAGAUGUAAAUUCAGAUCCAAAUAUUCUUGGUAAAACCAAGUUGAAGCUCUCACUCCAAGAAGAUUCUAAAUAUAGAGGUUUUCUGAGCAUUGCUGAGGUUUUGCAGAUCAUGGCGAGACACACUGUCGCGAUAAUUGGUCCCCAUAGCUCUGUAACAGCUCAUGUCAUAACUCAUAUUGCAAAUGAGCUCCAAGUUCCUCUACUAUCAUUUUCAGCUUUUGACCCUACCCUUUCGUCACUUCAGUUCCCAUUUUUCAUUAGAACUUGCCACAGUGAUCUUUAUCAAAUGACUGCAAUAGCAGACCUUGUUGACCACUAUGGGUGGAAAGAAGUUAUUGCUGUUUAUAUUGAUGAUGAUAAUGGGAGGAAUGGAAUUGGCGCGUUAGGUGAUAAGCUAGCUGAAAGACGAUGCAUGAUCUCAAUGAAAGCACCUUUGAGGCCGGAAGCAACUCGGGAGGACAUUACAAAUGUGCUUGUUCAGGUGGCUCUUGCAGAAUCAAGAGUUAUAGUUGUUCAUGCCAAUACUCUCUGGGGCCCCAAGGUGUUCAGUGUUGCAAAGAACCUUGGGAUGAUGGGAACUGGUUAUGUAUGGAUAGCCACUGCUUUUCUCUCUGCUGUGCUCGAUAUAAAUAGCCCUCUCCCUUCAAAUGCAAUGGAUGAAAUUCAAGGAGUGUUGACACUGCGCGUGCACACGCCCGAGUCUGAGCUCAAAAGAAGGUUUGUUUCUAGGUGGAAAAACUUAACUCGUGGAGAAACUGCUUAUGGACCCCUUGGAAUGAGUUUUUUAUCCCUCUAUGCAUAUGAUACUGUGUAUGUGCUCGCACAUGCACUUGAUGCGUUUUUCAAGCAAGGGAACAACAUUACUUUCUCAAUUGAUUCGAAGUUAUCUGCAAUACGUGGGGACAGCCUGCAUCUUGAUGCUUUGAACAUCUUUGAUGAGGGAAAAUUGUUGCGUAGAAAGAUUUAUGAGGUUAACAUGACUGGUGUUGCAGGUAGAUUCAAGUAUACAUCUGAUGGAAACCUUGUUAAUCCUGCAUAUGAAAUUGUCAAUGUGGUUGGGACGGGGUCUCGUAGGAUCGGUUAUUGGUCUAAUUACUCUGGAUUAUCAGUUGUUCCCCCAGAAGCUCUUUAUUCCAAACCAGCCAAUCAUUCCAGGGCAAGUCAGAAGCUAUUCCCUGUGAUUUGGCCUGGAGAGACAGACCAAAAGCCUCGCGGUUGGGUCUUUCCAAACAGCGGAAGGCUCUUGAAAAUUGGAGUGCCAAGAGCUGUUGGUUACAGUGAAUUUGUCUCACAAGUACCAGGCACUGACUUGUUUCAGGGAUUCUGCAUUGAUGUAUUUCUUUCUGCAGUGGACCUGUUGCCUUAUGCUGUUCCCUAUAAGUUUAUACCAUAUGGAGAUGGUAAGAACAAUCCUAGUAUCACUGAGCUUGUCCGUCGGAUCACAAUGGGUGAAUUUGAUGGUGCAGUAGGUGACAUUGCAAUUACUACAAGAAGAACAAAGUUGGUGGAUUUUACUCAGCCAUAUGUUGAGUCUGGUCUAGUAGUAGUAGCCCCAGUUAAGGAAGCAGAAACCAGUGCUUUGGCCUUUUUGGCCCCAUUUACACCAAAAAUGUGGUUUGUCACAGCUAGCUUUUUCAUAUUAGUGGGAAUUGUUGUUUGGAUUUUGGAGCAUAGGGUGAACGAUGAGUUUAGGGGACCACCGAAAAGGCAAUUAGUCACUAUAUUAUGGUUUAGUUUUUCAACUAUGUUCUAUUCCCACAGGGAAAAUACAGUGAGCACACUUGGCCGCAUUGUGCUGCUUAUUUGGUUAUUUGUAGUCCUUAUAAUUAACUCAAGUUAUACAGCAAGCUUAACAUCAAUCCUCACAGUGCAGCAGCUUUAUUCGCCGAUUAAAGGCAUUGAAUCUUUAGUAAAUAGCAAGGAUCCUAUUGGUUACAAGCAGGGUUCAUUUGCUAAAAAUUAUUUGAUUCAUGAGAUUGGUAUUGAUGAAUCCAGGCUUGUUCCUUUAAAAACACCAGAAGAAUGUGCUAAAGCACUCAAAAAGGGUCCCCAAAAUGGUGGUGUUGUUGCUUACGUCGAUGAGCGUGCCUACAUUGACAUCUUCCUUUCAACCCGGUGUGACUUUACUGUUGUAGGUCAAGAAUUCACCAGGAACGGUUGGGGAUUUGCCUUUCCCCGGGACUCACCACUAGCGAUUGACCUGUCAACUGCCAUUUUGCAAAUGACAGACAAUGGAGAUCUACAGAGGAUCCAUGACAAAUGGCUUUUGAGCCAUGCCUGCAUAACACAAGGUGCAAAGCUUGAAGUGGAAAGACUCCAACUUAAAAGCUUUUGGGGCCUCUAUGUAAUCAGUGGUUGUGCCUGCUUGCUUGCUCUAUUCAUAUAUCUUAUACAGAUAGUGAGGCAGUACAGCAAGCACUGCUCAGAUGAUCAUGAGUUAACUGAUCAAAGCUCUGGAUCAAGAUCUUCACGUCUCAGGACUUUCCUUUCAUUUAUGGAUGAAAAGGAAGAAACUGUGAAGAACAGGUCCAAGAGAAGGAGAAUGGAGAGGAUCUCAAACAGAAGCAGUGUGGGAGGAUCAACAUCCAUAAACUCCAAUAGAGACUAUUGUCAAGCAUCUCCAUAUAAAAGUGAUUAUGGUAAUGAAGUCUGAUUGUCUAGCCACUUAUACCAAAUCUGUGUCACCCCUUUUGCAGAUAGCCAAAUAUUAAGUUAAUAGUAGUACUUUUCUUUCUUUAGUAGAUAUAUAUGGAGUAAUCCAAAUUUAAGUUCUUAUAUUUGAUUCUCAUUUUCAACAUAUACCAAAAAAUGUUAUCAAAUAUGAAUAUAAUAUAACGCCAUUUUUAAUUC